GGUAACCUUUAUAGAUCACUGCAUUUUCACAAUAAACCUUUUAAUCAGAAGUUAGCAUACCCUGUUCUUACUGCUUCACACUGUACAUUCUUGCUACAUUGGCCAAAUAAAAGAUUUUAUAAGGUAUCAUGAGGGCCAUUAAAGUGACUUGUUGCAGUCUAAAAAAAAAACGAAUAGCCUGGCUGCAGAUGGCACCAGAGAACACAUAGGACAAACAAGAAAACCGAGAUGAUCUAACAACCAAAAGUUUAAUGUACACACCGAGUAAAUGCUCGCUGACAAGCAAUAGACUGAACAUGCACAAAAAGGAGAAUCAAAAAUUCAUGUGUGUUUCCCGAGAGGAAAUGCAUCCAUUUCUAACGGAGGCCGUGCUGACAGGAUUAACCCAGCAUUUUUAGAUCUACAGCUUGCGUAAUUUCUCUAGGCAGCUGAUCUGCACAGAAUGCUAGCUUCUUCCUCUACAAUGCACGCUCAGAUGUGGAGAGUGCAUUGUAGAGGAAGAAGCUAGCAUUCUGUGGAGAUCGGCUGCCUAGAGAAAUUAUGGAUGUUGUAGAUGCAAACACACUGGGAGAAUCUUGUGUCAGCAUGGCCACUGUUACACUUUCAGAGAUGGAUGCGUUUCCUGUUGGAAUCUGUAUGGACACACAUCUGGGGCGCGAUAACGUAACUCUAUUCCAAACAAAAAGUGUUCCAAAAUCCGGACGUCAAAAUGACGCGACAGUUUCUGCGUAUGGGGGCGGGAACCAGCGACGUUUUUCAAUCUGUCCAAUCAGCAGCCUCCAUCGUUGCCGGAAGUAUGUUUUGCUUGUUUUUUAUUUGCAAAGGGACCGUAUAGCAAGUGACAUAAAGACAUAAACGUCUGAUAAAAGAACAAUUGUAUGUCGCUGAGAGUAAAAGUGUUUUGUAAUCUUUUAACGCAAGAGAAGUUGAAGCGCACUUGAAAGUAAGCACAAAUAUUUUAAUUUUUUGAGUCAUAGCCACACACGUGCCAAUUCCGCAUCCAAUCCAUUUCGCUACGCACACUUAAGAUGGCGGCUACGUGAAAACAGCUGAUCGGUCCUGUGGCCCGCACUUGGUGUAUAUUUGUCCGUAACGUGAUUAGUUGAAAUCUUGCCGUACGUGGUACUUUCGCCCGAGAAGAAUUCUGGAAGCUGUGAACAUCAUGAAGACUGCGAAAGCGUAGUGCUCGGAUACGGAAGAAUCGAUGAAGGUUGGAAGGCAUCUCAACAGAUAGCUGGUAAGUAAACGUUUUCUAUAAACGAUCGCAACUGUCUCCGAAUGUAGUCAUGAUUUAAAUCGAGGGUGGUCUGUAAGAGAGGCUCAUUUUUGUUUCUUUGCCACACACUGCUGCGCAGUGAUCCAUUCCCCCGUGCGGGCGGUACAGAUGCUUCUGCUGGAUAUUCGCACGAGAAAAGUUUUUUUGUUGUUGUUAUUCACUUGUGUUAAAUUGAACGUGGCAUUUAUGGCGUGAUAAAAUAACGACACAUUAAAUGAAUGUAACCGUUAUGUUUUAACGACGAAUUGAUAUCUGAAACGGUACGAUUUGUUGGUAUUAAUUCGCUGCGGUCCGGCGAAAAUUGAGCGCGAAAAAGAAAUGGCGGAGAGCAGCAACAGCGCGCGCGUUUCGGCCGCGCAGGCCGCUAUGCUAGUGGAGUUUAUGGAGCAGCAUCCGUACUUGGCGAGAGGCUCCACCAGCCUCUCGCCAAGUAUGAGUGCUGCCCAAAAAAGGGGACUAUGGGCAGAAAUUGCCGCUGCCUUGAACGCCGUCGGGCCGGCAGUUAAGAUAGCCCGGCGCUGGCGCCUGUAUUGGGCGCGCAUGGCGUACGAAUGUAAGAAACUCGCGGCGCAGGUUGGCGCCGAAAAGAGGAAGACGGGAGGUGGAAAGUUGGGCGGCCUAGAGGGUCGAGUGAUCGCCGUGCUCGCCCAUACCGGCCCAGCCUCCGCCCCUGCGGAUUUUUUUCACGGCAAUGCUGAGGAGGACGCAGCCUGUAGCAGUGAGGAGUCCGCUGAAGUGCCCCCUGCCCCACCAGCAGCUGCGCGCGUCUCGGUGGGCACGGAGCCGGGGACCAGUGGCACUGCACCUCGGCAGCAGCCCCGCAGGCCACCCCGACUUCAGGUCCUCACGGACGCCGCAUCGAGCACGGCCGCGGACUAUGCCCGGCAGAGCCGGUUAGCUGAGGCGGCAAACGCGGAGGCCGCAAGCUUCCACCAGCAGUUGCUGCAGCAACAUCGGCAGCUGGUGGAAGAGCAGCGAGCGACACGGCAAGUCCUCGAGCAGCUGGUGGCCGAGAUGCGUGGUUCGCGAGAGGCGAACACUCUCAUUGCGACCACGCUGCGCCAGCUGCUGGCUGCCCUGGCCGACCUGCGCGCGCCGCCUCAGCAUUAAGGGGCAGCUUUUUUUUUUUGCCAUAUCAUCCUUUAGUGCUUUGUUAGGUACAAGUGUCACCAAUCUAUGCAUGUUUUUUUUUUAUGCAGCACUAAAGGAUGAUAUGGCUGUUUUCCGUAAUUUCUGUCCCUAAUCAAAAUUUUUUUUUUCAAGGUAAUUUCUGUCAUGUUUAUUUUAAUAUCUAGUGCAAGUUUCGCGUUACUGUUCAUUACCGUGUUCUUUUAGUGUGUCGUUUAGUCAUUUUGUGUAAUUAUCUAUGUUUAUUUGAUUAUCUAUGUUCUAUCUAUCUAUAUAUGUGAAAUUAUCUGUCAUGUUUAUUUUAAUAUCUAGUGCAAGUUUCGCAUUUCUGUUCAUUACCGUGUUUUUUUUAGUGUGUCAUUUAGUCAUUUUGUGUAAUUAUCUAUGUCCAAGUGCGACGGCAUAAGGUAUAUUUACAAUUUCUGUCAUAUUUUUGCGUUUCUGUUUUUUACCGUAUUUUUUUCUCCAAGUUCAUUUCAUGUGUAUUAUUCUUUGUCCAAGUGAGACGGUAUAACUUAUAUGUACAUUUUUUGCCGUAUUUUCGUUAGGUGUUCUUCACUUUUGUUUUGCUGUUACUGAUAUGUUUCAAUGUGCGCCGCUCUUCCACGGAAGAUACACUGGGCAAUCACUUUUACGCCAACUAUGACAUUGUCUCGCACACAUACAGGUGCGCUUAAUAACUACAAUACUGUGAUAACUGGAAAUCAAUUUUCAUGCCAUAUGUAUGUCAUGUUUGCAAUGUAUAAUCAUUCGUGCCUACGCAAAGUAGCCGAAUUGGUAUUUUUGUUAACACCAAGUGUACACACCCGAGCAGCAGGAAACGAAAGAGCGCUUUAUUGCGAGAAGCAUGUGUGUUUAUACACAGGCAGGCCAGGCUUGCACAUGCGUAUCAAGAUAUUCUUGAUGAUGAAGCCACUGGUCACACCAAGCACCUGUUACCUGUGGUGGUCGCUGUGAUAUUUCAGGUGUCCUUACCUAUGAUAGCAAUACAACCUAGUCCCCAUUGUAGUUGAGCACAGUUUGUGACGUAUGUAGCAGAGCCAUCGAUGUGGCCGCUAUUUUGACAUUCGCUGCCAGGCUGGUCUUGCAGCCGUUAUAUGAAAUACCGUUUUAGUGCCAAGCAUUUUCUCACUUGUCGUUCCUUAGAAGCAUGUCAUGGCUGCUUUAUAUUGUGAUCUUAUUACGGCACUAGUCAUUGAAAAGAAACUGUUUUGUGCUGCAAACAUGCCAACUACAUAAUAGAGAAGAGAUCUUUCUUGCUGUGAAGUUGCUGGAUGAAGAAAAAUGGUUGUCUGCGAGUUCAAAAAAAUGUCAUUAUGCUCGUGUCAUAUUUAUGCGAUUUAACAUCUGCCAACGGCCCAGUGGUAGUGCACUGGGUCCCAUGUAGUGAACAUCACACGGCUAUUUUGGCGCCAUGAAGCCAUGCUCUGUGUACUUGUCUGUCAUUUGCUUUGAUGAAAGACGGCAUUGAAGAUCGAUCACAUGGUUUUAUUUACAAUGCAGAUAUAAAUAAACGAUUUUAAACAAUGCAAGUUGCACUUGAAAUGAAUAUUUACAAUUUGUGUUCCUUCAAUUUCAGAACUAUUUACAUAUGUACACUCUCCCAAGGGAGAAUAACGCGCUUGACAUGCCAGGCGAUCAUUUUCGGCAUAACUUGGCCUUAUGUCAAGGAACUGUGCGGUGGCUGUGUGGCAAAACAGCGCAGGGCCUACAAGGUGCGUGAGCACAGUACACAUGGUGGAGCGAGAAGUGUUGUGCUUGGCAGCAGCCCAAAUAGGAAGCGAGGAGGCGAAGACCAACAUCCUCCCAUGCGCAGUGCAGAUGGCGGUGACAGUGUCGGUGAUGACAGAAGCAACAGCAGCAGCAGCAAAUCAUUUGGCGAACCCCAGCUGCCCAGAGAAGUAGCUACAACAUUCUGCUGAUGAACACAAA